AUGUUGUUGGUAACAGAAGAAAUCAAGUUGAAGUCAGAGGUAUAUCAUGGAGACGGACUAGGGCAAGUGAAAUCCAAAGAGCUUUUUGCUGAAAUUUGUCUUCCCAAUGGUUUGUUACCAUUGAAAAACAUCAUUGAAGUUGGUUACAACAUAGAAAUAGACCAGCUUUACAGUACAGGGGGAGGGAGCUUGACAGGACAGAAAAGGAAAAAAGAGGAGGGUGGUGAUAUUACAGUAAGAGAGGAAACAAAUCUCCAUUGCCGACGAGACCGUACUCUCCAGCCACCCCUGCUACAACCUCCGACGCAACCCUCCGCCUCCAAACGGCAACCCAUACGCGCUCGCCGUUCACCCAUCAAUAACCGAUCUCCCGCUUUGCUCGCUCUGUUACUGCACCAAACCCUCGAUCCACUUCCAUCUUCAAAUUCACCGCCGAAUCAGCGCCCUUCAAAUCUGCUUCAUCUGCGACUCUCUCAUCACCACCAUCCGUCUUCACCGCUGAACUCCGGCCCGUACUCCCUCCAUCGGAUUCGCUGUUGGGAGAGAGAAUGA